AUGUUGAACUUUGAAAUUCAACAAGUCGAGCACAACAUGUCAUCAUCCUGGGAAGCACCACUGACUUCAUCACAAGGUGAAAACAUAAGGAACAGAGGUGGUGAUCAACAAUCAGCAGUUGCGACUCUUCAGAAUGUGGUAGAAGCUCCUCCUGCUUCCAGUGAAGGCGCCCAAGUUCAAGAUUCCAACCAAGGAACCAUGAGAAAGGGCUAUAAACGCCACUCUCAUCUCCAGAAAAAAGAAAUGGAAAGCUUCUUCAAGGAAUGCCCUUACCCUAAUGAGAAGCAAAGGAGUGAGCUUGGAAAUUUGAUCGGGCUGAAUUCUUCCCAAAUCAAGUUUUGGUUCCAAAACAAGCACGUCCAAAUGAAGGCUAUGAAGGAACGUCAUAAGAGUACUCUUUUGAUUGCUGAGAAUGAAAAGCUUCGUGCUGAGAAUUUGAAGUACAAGGAGGCACUGAGUAAGGCUAAGUGCCAUGGUUGUGGAGGCUCAUGUUCUGUUGGUGAAAUGUACUUUACAGAGAAAUAUUUGAGGUUCGAGAAUUCUCAAUUGAAAAAAGAGAUUGAGAAUAUGGCAACAAAAAUUGCUGAAAAACUUGCAGAGACUUCCUUUUCUAACCUGCCACCACUACCUCUCACUCUAGGGCCUUCACGCUCGCUUGAUGUUGUUAACUAUGUUCCACAGCCAAGCAUGGCAAUGCAAGUGCAUGGUGGCAGUGAUUCUCAAAGGUCAAUUAUCGUAACUCAUUUUACUGAAUCUGAGAGAGCCUAUAUUGUGGAGCUUGCGAUUUCCGCAAUGGAGGAAUUUACAAAGAUGGCUCAUGAUGGAGGAACUUUAUGGAUCCCUGGAAUCCAUGCUGAUAUUCUAAAUAAACAAGAAUAUGUUAGGCAUUUCAAUGUAAGACUAGGUCCAAGACCCUUGGGGUUUAGAUCUGAAGCUUCAAGGGAAUCCAUGACUGUUAUCAUGAAUCCUAAUAACCUCAUUGAAAUCCUUAUGGACGUGAACCAAUGGUCAACUAUGUUUUCCAACAUUGUUUCAAGAGCAAGUAUAAUUGAAAUUCUGUCAAUUGGAGGGGCAAGAAACUAUGAUGGAGCCUUACAAGCGAUGUCAGCAGAGUUCAAGGUGUUGUCACAUCUUGUUCCCACUCGUGACAGCUAUUUCAUAAGAUAUUGUAAGCAUCACCCAGAUGGGGCUUGGGUGGUGGUUGAUAUUUCCUUGGACAAUAUACGACCCGGUGCUACUACAAGAUGCAAAAGACGACCCUCUGGUUGUAUGAUUCAAGAAUUGCCAAAUGGUUUCUCAAAGGUUACAUGGAUUGAACAUGUAGAAGUUGAAGACAUAGAGGUGCACAAUAUCUUCAAACAUCUAGUUAAUUCGGGUUGUGCCUUUGGAGCUAAGCGAUGGAUAGCAACUUUAGACAGACAAUGUGAACGUCUCGCUUACACAAUGGCAAUAAACAAACAACCAAGGGACAAUGGUGAUAUAGGGAUAACUCCUGAAGGAAGAAAAGGCUUGAUGAAGUUGGCAGCGAAAGUUAUGCAGAGCUAUUGCAACUAUGUUGGUGCUUCCCCACCACAUGGUUGGACAGUACAGAAAACACCACCAGCUUGUGUUGGUGAUGUGAGGAUCAUGACCAGAAACUAUAUUGUUGAAUCUGGUGCACUUAUCGGACUUGUUAUUAGUGCUGCAACUUCUUUCUCACUUCCAGUUCCUUCCAAGAGGCUCUUUGAUUUUCUUCGAAAUGAGAAAUCAAGAAACCAGUGGGACUUUUUCACACAAGAGGCUCAGGUUCAUGAACUGGCACACAUAGCAAAUGGUCGUGAUCCUGGAAACUAUGUCUCUUUACUUUGUGCCAAUAGUGCAAAUGCCAACGAAAGCAGCAAGAUCAUAGUUCAAGAGAACUGCACUGACUAUACAGGCUCAUAUGUGGUUUAUGCUCCUAUUAAAUUUGAUACCAUGAAUUUAAUCUUGAGUGGGUCUAAUCCAGAUUAUGGUACCCUUCUGUCCUCGGGCUUUGCCAUUCUUCCUAAUGGGCCUGGGCUGAGUGGCGAGCCCAUGACUAAUGUUGCAUCUAGAGGAUGUCUUUGUACAAUUUCAUAUCAGACAUGGGUUGAAGCAACUCUAACACCACUUCCUCCUGACGUAGUGUCCUCUUUCUGCAAUUUGAUGAACUACACAGUUGAAAAAAUUCAAGCAGCAAUGAUGAGUAUCAACAUUUGA